CAUAGCGCUGUAGAUAUGAACUCAGACCGUGAGGGUUUUCCACAUUUUCUACUAAAUGAAUUUUUUCUAAAUGAAUGCGUUUGUGUGCUUGCUUCUACUGUCUGUAUUGAAAAAGGGUUACGGACUAAAGUGUUAUACUUGUACGAUAGAUCAGGGCGUGAUUUACGACGCAGGUGGGGAGCGGAUAAAGUACUGUUUAGAGCAAAAUUGCAGAGCACAGUGUGUUGUAGCAGUUUUAGAGCCGGAACCUGAUGUACUGACUGAAUACAGAUUGUGUUACUCAAAAGUUCCCGGUAUUGACGCUGCCUUACCUUCCUAUGAAAAUGUCUGUAAUUUCGUCGGGUCCCUUAAAGGGGAGGACUGCAGACGAAGUGAUGUGUUAUUUUGCGAUGAUCAACCUCUCUGUAACGUAGCAAAUUUACCCACACGCAAGGUCACAACAGUAGAACCCCCCGUGCCACCUACUCAGGAGAAGAAGUGGAAUAAGACCCCACUGGUUAUUGGUGGGUCAGCUGGUGGGAUAGUGGUAUUAUUACUUUUUGUAGCAGUUGCCGUUGUUCUCGUCAGAAAACUAAAAUACAACGAUGGACGAAGAGGGCCAGCAGAAAUCAGAAUCGACAGUGUGAUCCACCAGUUUGAAGUGAACGAAACGUACAUGACAAUGGAGGAGAUAGAGGAGUUGGAGGUAAAGACGAAGAAAACGGGAACUGGAAUAUCGCGAGAGGAUACAAGUCAAGGAACCGUACUUGAGUUGGGCGGCAGAAACUAAAAAUGAACAUCAUUCAUGAAAACUGAAGAUUUUAGUUCAUUCAUCAUGAGGCCAUCAAUGGGUCAUGGGGCCUUUUGGAUGUUCGAAAUCUUCAACUCAUUACUUUUAUUUACGCCGUACGGGUGGGUAAAUCUAACAGUGUAUUUCAGCUUGGAAUAUGAAUUUAACCUCGAAAUAGAGAGCGGUAACACGAGGUUGAAAAUCUGAAAUGGUGAAUCAUUCAUGAUGAUUGAUGAAACCAGCAUCAUUCACAUAAUAUCUGCAAACGAAGUGUGUCCCGAGGGGCUAAAAAGGCGAGGAAGCUUGCGAAGUAUUUGCCAUGCAAAAUGAGUGAAUGGUCCCUAAAGGUUGUCAAUUGAUUAGCCUUGGAAAGGAUGAACUCAACAAUGACGGCUGAAGAAUAUGAACCGGGAACCCCUAUCAAAUUGACAGCCAACAUUUUUAAUUUUUAUCUUUUCUAAACGGAUAAGUUAAACGUAUUAUAUUUAUGCCAUUUUUACGUUACAAUAUGAUAUCAGUGAUACGAUUUUGUUGGGUUGAUAUCCAUUUUUACUUUUAUCGAAGGUUUAAACUUGAAAUUUACUCGUUUCUUAUCGCCUCAUGUUAUUAACUCAUUAUAUCCAUUUCAUACCACGCAUAAUCGUGCUGC